AGGAGGGUAACCCUGACAUUGCUGACUUGUGUGACAAGAACCGACCGACUAAGCUCGGGCAAUACUUUGUCGAAAUGUACGAUGACCAAUGGUCAGAGGCCCUCGAGGAGAUGGGUAUGGGUAAAAAAAAAAGCUGCAAGCGAGGAGGAGGACGAGGAAGAAGAGAUGAAACAAAUUGAUAAGUUGUUGGAUGUUGUCAAGGAGUCGUAUCGGUUUUGUGGAACAGAGGCUGACAAACAGCUACAAAAAAUUGCCAUGGGUAUGAAAGAUGCAGUUUCUCUACAACAAACAGCAAACAAAUCUGGAGCAUCCGCUGGUCUAUCUGGGGAAAAAAGUUCUGCAUUAGCAGGAUCACCAAAUACAGCAAAGCCUGCUACACCGCCUGUUGGAAAAAAGAAGGGAGAAACGGUAGAAGCUAGGGCGAAGUCUCCUAUGUCAGAGACUUGGCAAAUAGCAUUGAGGUGUGCACGCAGCUUCCGGAAAGAAACAGCCUUGACCGCCGUUACAGAGAUCAAACAACUUUUCAAAGACCAAUACAUCCAAAAAAUGAAGUUGGACCCACCAGCGACACUGCCGGACGCUAUGAUGAAAUACAUUGAUCGCUGUGUGGAGCUGAUGUGGCUAAUGGCUGUACAGGACCCUCCCAUGGAGAUCAAAUGGGCUGACCAUGGUGAAAGAAUUACUUCAAGUUCUUCCAGUCAAAGGGAAAAAUAGUGAGGCAAUGUGUGUGGCCGGCCGUGUUUUUGAGCGCUCAUGGUGGUAUUGUCAGCAAGGGCUAUAUCAUGGGAAUGACCCCUCCUCCACCAGAACAAUCGCAGAAAAAAAAGUUGCUUUGAUUUCACAAAUAGACCUAUCUGUGAAGUUAUUAACGAAUGAAUUAUUAAGGAAAUCCUCUGAGGUACCUGAUGACUACCACGCUAAUGUACUAGUGGAGUUGAAAUAUGACAGAUGAGUGAUAUAACAAGUCGAACGUAAUUAUUGAAACUUAUUGAAAUCGAAAUAAUAAAACAGUUGUCCCAGACAUUCACAACAGAUGUCAAACAUUUAUAUUGUCAGCAAGGGUUAUAGCAUGGGAAUGACCCCUCCUCCACCAGAGCAAGCGCCAAAAAAGGAAAGCAAAAUAGGGUAGCUUUGAUUUCAAAAAUAGACCAAUCUGUGAAGUUACAAAUAAUUAAUAUCUGAAGGAAAUCUCUCGAAGUUCAGUUGGGAGUAAACUUAACUGUAAUCGUGUGCACUUUGUAGUGUACUCGUAGCGAACAUUGUAGUUUACUUCAGUGUCAACUCCAGUGCACUAAUAUGUAAACUCCAGUACGCUGCAGUGUUUACCCUAGUUUAAAAGACUGAAAUACAGAUUUCAUUUAUUUAUCUAUAAUGAAUGGGUUCUUUCGUGAUAUGAAAAUUAAAUAAGUAAGGAAACCAUAUCUAACCUAGUAUUACAUAUCAUCAAUAUACAUAUUUUUUCUCACGAUUUUACAAUUACAGAUGAGUAUAUGUAAACAAGACAAACAAUACAUUAUUUCUGGUUAAUAAGAACACAGAAGCUGAAUACAGCUGUAAAUAACAGAUGGAUAUAGCUAUAUAGAUCUUUUACAGUUGUAUAGUUCCAUACAUGUACAUUGUAUGAUGAACCUGAACUGUUUUAGCACAUAUUA